ACACUCCCAACGUCUCUCUGACCAACGAUGAAACAGCCACUGCAAAAGGCCGUGAUUUUCUCGCUUCUCCUCUUAAUCUCCACCGCCACCGCCACCGCCACCGCCGCUACUCCGGCACCUCCCAUUGAAGAUCCUCCUACUCCAUCUCCGACCUCCGCCCCAUCGGACGCACGGCCAUUACUGCCACCGACAUCGCCGUCGCCAUCUUCUUCACCAUCAUCAUCUUCAUCUUCCAACUCUCUUGACCCGAAGCAACUUAGAGCUUUGCAAUCGCUCAACAUCCCCACCUUCAAGGACCCCUGCAAGCAACCCUCACUUCACAACGCCACCGUUUGCGAUUCCUCCGCGCCGUUUCGGCACCUCGUGUUCCUCCGCCUGGCCAAUUGCUCCGAUGACGUCGCUUUGUCAUUCACAGCUCUCAAAUCCCUUUCAACUCUCAGAUCUCUUGAAUUUGUUGACUGCCCCAUUUCCCCUAUUCGCUUCCCUGCCGAUCUGGUUGCCUCUCUCCGAUCCUUCACUUGCACAAACAGCCUCCGUAAGCUCACCGGCGUCUGGCUUAGCCGUCUCGAGAACCUCACCGAUCUCUCUGUUACCAAUGUCCCUGUUAAUGCCUCGGGUCCUUUCGUUAUACUUGGCAACAUGAAUAUCCUCAAGUCUGUGACUGUCUCCAAUGCGAAUCUUACGGGUUACUUUCCGAAGCAUUUGAAUCGCAACCUUACCCACAUUGAUUUUUCGGGUAAUAUGCUCAAGGGAAAGCUACCCACUUCGAUUACUCUGCUGGAGAAUCUAGAAUCUUUGAAUCUAGCUUCUAAUGCGUUCAAUGGCGAGAUACCCACUUCAGUUGGGGACCUGAUAUCGCUUCGGAACUUGUCGUUGGCAUCAAAUUCACUUUCGGGAUCGAUCCCGGAAUCAAUUUCGGCAAUUCCUGGAUUGGUUCACCUCGAUCUGAGCUCAAAUCAGUUGAAUGGAACAAUUCCGGACUUCCUCUCGGAGAUGAAGAGCUUAAAGUAUCUGAAUCUCGAGAACAACCAGUUUCAUGGGGUAAUGCCUUUCAAUGGAUCUUUCUUGAAAAGGCUGGAAAUUUUUAGGAUAAAGGGGAAUAGCAACCUUUGCUACAACCAUUCGAUUCUAUCAUCCAAACUGAAGCUGGGGAUAGCUCCUUGCGAUAGACAUGGGCUUCCAUUGUCGCCACCGCCAGCUAAGGACGAUUCGUCGGCUGAUGAAAACAGCGACUACGAUGACAGUGAUGGAGAUGAUUCUAGCACCCACCACAAGGAGUCUCAUAAUGGCCCCAAUAAAGUCGUGCUUGGAGUCGCAAUUGGGCUGUCUUCCAUAAUUUUUCUCAUCAUUUUCCUGGUUUGUAUGUCCAAGUGUUGUCGUUGAGAGUGAAGAUCGAUCGGCUUUACUUCUAGAGUAGAAUUAUUUGGUUCUUUCUUCUUCUUCUUCUGUUCUUGGUAGAAUAAUAGUAAAGAAACCAUGAUAGGCAUAGGCAUUGUAAAUGUAGUGGCAGGACAAUUUGGUUGGCGUUUGUUCUUUUUGGUGGAUAGUUCCAAUUAUUAUUUGAGUACGGCAUGUUUUGAUGUGUUCAUUUUGAGUGUUAUCAACAUCGUUUCAAGCUUUUGCUUUUGUUUUUUCUAUUAUGACACGAUUUGCUAUUGUCUCAAUAAAAUCUCAUUAUGUUCAGUGUC